CUGCUGGUUGGGUGGGUGAUCAGCACCAGCAAACAGGCCAUGACUCCGUCAGACAUCUAUUUGUUUCACCUCACAAUAGCAGACGGACUGAUGGCUCUGACACUCCCAUUCUUUGCGCUAGCACAAGUCCAGGGAUGGAUUUUUGGAGACUUCAUGUGCAAGCUCCUCAACCUCAUCAGCGAGGCAAACUUCUACACCAGCAUCAUCUUCCUGGCCUGCAUCAGCAUUGAUCGUUACCUUGUCAUUGUGCACGCCAAUAAGCCGUUCAGGAGUCGCCACAGGAAGUGCAGCAGGUUUCUCUGUGCGGCUGUGUGGGCCCUCGGCUGGGCUCUGGCACUGCCUGCACUUUUUAACGAUGUCAUCCAGAUUAAAGGUUUGGGGUUACUGAUUUGUACCGAGAGCUUUGACAUUGGCCGUGCCUUCAUUUGGAGACUUGCCACUCGUGGUUUCCGCCAUGUCUUUGGGUUUGUGGUUCCGCUGACCGUCAUGAUAGCCUGCUACAGCAUCACCAUCAGAAGACUGCUGGACACUUGUGGUUUUCAGAAACACCGGGCCAUGCGGGUGAUCAUCGUUGUAGUGAUCGCUUUCUUCCUGUGCUGGACACCGUACCAUAUUACAAUGGUGGUUGACACCCUGAUCAAAGCAGAUUUGAUGACGUACGGCUGUGCUUUGAAGAGUUCGGUGAGGUUAGCGCUGGACUUAACCUAUGGUUUGGCAUUGACCCACAGCUGCAUCAACCCAUUCCUCUACGCAUUUGUGGGAGAGAAGUUCAGGAAAAAAAUGGCACAUCUUCUUCAGAGGAAACUCAGACGGGAGAGAAUGUCAGGGUCAAAGUUCAGCCGGUCAACAUCUCAGUCGUCAGAUGGUGCAGGAACCGUUCUCUGA